UCCCAAAGGCAAAGGCGCCGAGCCGGAGCCCGGCAAAACGGCUCCUGUGGAGAGGAAAGAAAUCGAGGUCAGCAAUGUGCAGAGCUCCCCGUCUCCCAAGCAAGGAGAUCUGCCACGUGAUGGCAAGGCAGAGGAGCCCAAAGCAGCCGAGGCCGUGAGUGGGAACGACAUCUCAGCUCCCCCCAACAAGGAGCUGCCCCCCAGCCCCGAGAAGAAGACCAAGCCUGCUGCAUCCUCCUCCUCGGCCAAGGCGGCGGCAGCCAAGGCCAAGCCGUCGGGCAGCAGCAGCCCCAAGCGGCCCAGCUCGGCCACCCCGGGCACAAACAAAAAGCCCACGAGCCCGAGUGCAGCUCCUGCUCCAGGCAGCACCUCCAAACGCCCCGGCACCAGCAGCACCCGUCCCUCCACCCUCACUCCAAAAGAGACUAAACCAAAGGUCGCGGAUGCGAAGCCCGCGGAGAAGAAAACCUCCCUCUCCAAGGCUGCACCCUCCACCACCCCCANUGAGGAAGGAGCUGAGGAUGAGGAAGGAGCUGCCAUCAAGACGGACGCGAAGCCGGCAGAUGCCAAGAAACCUCCUGCCAAGUCUCCCUCAGGCAGCUCUGUGUGA